CUACAUUUGGUGCCGAUAUCCACCCGCCAACCCCCCGGUAAACACCGUGUCCGGAAGUAGCCCAGCUUUAAGCCACUUUUUUGCCCUCCUCGAAUGUUGCGGGCUUCGGGCCAGGACAGCACCGAUGCGUCGGGGCGAUCCAGUCCGGAAGGUGUGCGGUUCUGCUGGUGCUGCUCGCCACAUGUGGCCGUUAUUAGCCUGUUAGCCUGCUAGCUCGUGCCGGGGAACUUCCAGUCAGACCCGAGACAACAUGUCCCGAGGACUAGGAGACGUCCGAGGACAGUUCUUGUACCAGCUGCCGGCUCCGGUUCACUGGGAGUUCUGCCGGGUCAUGGACGGCCUGUCAGACUUGGACUGGACCCGCUUCGCCUCCGAGGUCCUGCAAGAGCAAGACAGCGUGCGAUUGGCUGAGAGGAAAGAGAGGCGCACCGACUGUGUGAUGAGCUAUUGGGUGAACAGGAAUGGCCGCGUCGGGGACCUGCUGGACCUGCUGGAGCACCUCCAGCUUUUCCGCCCCAGAGACGUCAUCCUCCGUUGGGCGUCCAGCUGGUCACCCCCGGCUCCUGUUGCUCCUCCAGCUGCUCCUUUUCGGUCUCCUGAUGCCUUCUGUGCCUUUGACCCGCCCCCCAAAUCCGUGGAGGUUCUGCCCACAUUGGCCACUCACGCGAUCUGCAAUAAAGUAGAUAAAGGAGGAGGAGGGACCCUACCCAGACCUGACCCACCUCCCUUCAGUUUACAGUCCGAAAGACCUGGAUCUCCCCAGAUGUUGCCUCUCCAGGCCCCUCCUGUGGCAGCGUUCGGCGACGGCGGCUGCGGUGUGAUGCGCUGGUCGUAUGAAGAGGUGCAUGCUGGGACGGAGGGCUUCUCCCCUGCCUUGCAGGUGGGCGAGGGCGGCUUCGGGAACGUGUACAGAGCGUCUAUGAGGAACACCGACUGUGCAGUCAAGCGGCUCAAAGAGGACGGUCGCCUGGACUUUGCCGCGCUGACGGAGAGCUUCGACACCGAAGUGGAAAAACUCUCCAAGUUUAGACACCGGAACAUUGUGGACCUGCUGGGUUUCUGCAAGGGACCAGGAGGUUUUUGUCUCAUCUACAGCUACAUGGAGAACCGAUCCCUGGAGGACCAGCUGCAUAGUGGGUCCGACGUCCUCCCCUGGUCCGAGAGGGUCCGCGUCGUCGUCGAAGCGUCAGCAGCGCUGCAGUUCCUCCACUUCCCACCAGAGGGACACGGCACCGUCAUCCAUGGAGACGUCAAAAGCUCAAACAUCCUGUUGGACCGCCACAUGGUGGCCAAGCUGGCGGACUUCGGUUUGGCCCGCUUCGUCCCUCAGCGCCCGGCGUCCAAGACCACCACGCUGGGCCGCACGUCCACGCUGAGAGGCACGGAGGCGUACCAGCCCGUGGAGUACCUGAGGAACGGAAAGCUGGGGACCACGACGGACGUCUACAGCUUCGGAGUGGUGCUGUUGGAGGUCCUGACUGGUCGGCGAGCUCUGGUGAAAGAUACUUAUCUGAAAGACCUGGUCCAGGACGUCCCAAAGGGUCCGGAUGGUUCUUUUGCAUCGGCCUGGAGACAACAACUGGACCGGCGGCUUAUGUCAGGGGGCGCCACAGAGCCGGUCGGCAGCAUGCAGAUGGCGGAGCUGGCCUACAAAUGUCUGGACAUGUUGUGGAAGAAGAGGCCGAACAUGAAGCAAGUACUUGACGAACUUCGGGACAUCCACAAGCUGGUGGGCAAGAGCGACCGGCCGUGUUUCCCGCCCUCGUCGGACUGCGGUGUGGAGGUCCUGAGCCAGCAGUUGUCCAGUCUGGGACCCCUGGAGGACACCUACAAGCCCCUCUCCUCCCUGCCUCCCCCUCCGUCCUCUUUCUCCUCCUCGUUUGAAGGUCCGUGCGAAACCGACGAGAGUCGAGGCUUCUCUCAAUACCACCUGUUUGCCUCCAAAACUUUGUCCACGCCUACCAGAGACCAGAAACACAGUCAAACCCGCGCCCCCCAGUCCUUGUUUGGAAAGCCUUUUCAGGACAAUGUCCGUCCAGGACCCAGCCUGCAGCCCAGUAGCCCUCAGAUGGGGGAGGUACAGGGACCAGGUUCUACAGAGCGGACCGCAGCAGAAUGCUUCUCUCCCGCGGGAUCGCUCCAGUCAGUGAGUCCACAGUCCUCAGGUCGCUAUCACCCAGACAACGCGGCCAGGUGUCCGGAGGAGAGCGACGAGCUGGAUUUUCUUGCCGACAGCUGAUGAGUAGACCUGAUGGACGGAAUCGAACCUGUGACAUGUACAAAACACAAAAGAAGUGAAGCAAUGGUAAAUAAAAACAGAAUACAAUGAUUUGCAAAUCCUUUUCAACUUAUAUUUAAUUGAGUAGAAAUCUUGUUUUUAAACAAUUUGCUCAGGCAUUUGUUGACAAAGUAAUGACCCUCGCCCCAUCCUUGUUUGUGAAUGACAUGGAAGCUGCUUUUAUAACCAAUCCGGGCACCCACCUGUUCCCAAUUAGCCUGUUCACCUGUGGGAUGUUCCAAAUAAGUUUUUGAUGAGCAUUAUUCAACUUUCUCAGUCUUUUUUGCCACUUGUGCCAGCUUUUUUGAAACACGAUGCAGGCAUCAAAUUCCAAAUUAGCUAAUAUUUGCAAAAAAUAAAAGUUUUCCAGUUGGAACAUUAAAUAUCUUGUCUUUGCAGUCUAUUCAAUUGAAUGUAAGUUGAAAAGGAUUUCCAAAUCAUUGUAUUCUGUUCAUGCCAACUUCACUGCUUUUGGGUUUUGUAAAUUUAGGGACCAAAACCGAACCCGGAUUAGGUACUACACCAUGACCUCACAAUGGUCUCACUCCCUCUCUCUUUUCCAGAAAACUAAGUGUCCUGAUUUAUUUAGGAUCAUAUCGAUUGACUGUGAUUAAUUCCCAGUUUUGGCGGACUAAGUUUUCUGGAAUGCCAAAACCGUUUUAAAUUGUUCUGCUAUUUUCGGUGCAAACUUUAUUUCUAACACAAUUUUUCAUGACAGACAGUAUUUAGUUUAUAUAAAAAUAAAGCUUAUUUAAUCUUUCGCAUUUUUUCCCAUCUGGUUUCAUGUUGUAUUAACAACCGUAGUUGUGAAGUAAGCUGCAGUGAUGGCCUGUAACCACCAGGUGUCACUGUGGCGCAGGACAAUGAAAACUAGUCAAUCGCUGUAAUAUUGAAAAUCCAAACAAUGACUUCAGGUUGUCUUUUAAUAAGCUGAUCAUUUGGAUUCUCCGAAGGGACUAAAAAUGGGCAAAACUGCUCUACUUUUGCAGAUUAUUUUUUACUUCAAAUUAUUUUGUCUGUUUUUGUACACAAUUUUAGGAAAAAAAAUAUAAAACUUUCAUCUUACAACAUAUCAAUAGAACAAUGUAACACUAUCAACAAAAAAAUAAAAUUAUUACAAACUAA